AUGCGUGGCCAAGUGUUGAAUCUCAGCCUUCAGAUGUACGGCUGUCGUGUCGUGCAAAAGGCACUAGAUCAUGUUCUGGUCGACCAACAAGCGGCGCUCAUCAGUGAGCUCGAGAACAACGUCCUGAAGUGUGUCAAGGACCAAAACGGCAAUCAUGUCAUCCAGAAAGCUAUAGAACGAUGCCCCUCAGGGACCAUUGGUUUCAUCAUCAACGCCUUCCAAGGUCAGGUGCAACAUUUGAGCAUACAUCCCUACGGAUGUCGAGUGAUUCAGCGCUGCUUGGAGAAGUGUGACUUGCCUUCCAAAAACAUGAUCAUGGCGGAACUCAUGGAUGGUAUCCCUUCCAUGAUCUCAGAUCAAUUCGGCAACUAUGUGGUUCAGCACAUUGUCUGCCACGACGAGGGACCUGGCAGGCAACGUGUGCUUGACACGGUCGCUCGUGGUCUUGAAGGCUAUAGCAAGCACAAGUUUGCUAGUAACGUUGUGGAAAAAUGUCUUGAGCGCGCUGAUGAUGUCUGGCGCCACCAUGUCGUGAUUGCAUUGGCACACUCGAACCAACGCAGGACCGAAGGCGAAGGAGUUUUGUCUGGAAUGAUCAAGGACAACUUUGGCAACUAUGUCAUACAGAAACUUCUCGACACGCUCUGCCCGGAGGACUAUCACAUAUUCCUUGACGCCUUGCACCCUGCAAUGCAGGUAGCAAAACGCACUGGUUGCGGCAAGCAGGUCAUGUCAAUCGACAAGAAGAUGAACAAGUUCGAUUCGUACCGCAACGGCUCUCUACUCGGCAGCAAUCCCAUUUUUGGUCGACCCACACCCAUGAAUGGCUUCCAGCUGCCAUUACCAACGCCGCCGUUCGCGAGCAAUUAUAACUCUGCCACUACCACACCUCCGCCACUCACUUCGGACACGCAGAAUCUACAGUCAUCUGGCCUUCCCAGCGUCAACGGUGACGCUGUCGAAGGCGCUGCCGUCAGCCGCAAAGGCAGCGAGCCAUCAAGCAUUCAAAGCAUCGAUGGCGUACAGAGGUGACUAUUUUAAUCACGGAACAUGACCAACCACCUACACUCAUUCAAGUCGGGCGCAUGGGAUGGUUGAAGAACAACCUUUAUUAAGUGGAGGUUUGCAUAGCAUGGCGUACAGAAGCUUUUUCCAUGGACAAAUACCAUCUUUGCCAGCUUACAUCGCUGGCACUACUACAGGAAGCAUAUGGGUACAGGUCGUUUGGGAUAUCGACGGGUAUUGUCUAUUUUCUUUGUAUCGGUUACAUGAGGCAUGGAUAUGAUCACUAAAGUGUACGAAUGGGCAAUGGGAUACCCGAAGAGAUAUGUAGGACGUAGUCAGCACGGACGGAAAUUUGGGAGGGCUUUUGAGCCUGGUGGUUUUUUUUG